CAAGGACGAAAACUCAGACCUGGACCCUCGUAGGCAGGACAAACUUUCUGCAGCUUGAAGGAGCCAACCAUGGAUUUCAGGCGUGUGAAGGACUAUUUCUCCUGGCUCUACUAUCAAUACCAAAUCAUUAGCUGCUGUGCUGUCUUGGAGCCCUGGGAGCAAUCCAUGUUCAAUACCAUCUUACUAACCAUUUUUGCUAUGGUGGUGUACACCGCCUACGUUUUUAUCCCAAUCCACAUUCGCCUGGCUUGGGAAUUUUUCUCCAAAAUGUGUGGCUAUCACAGUACAAUUUCUAAUUGAUCUUGUUUGCAUUCUGUGGAUUGGCAUUGCAUAUGUAUAUGUUGCUUACAACUUACCGAUUUAGGUGAAUACUGUGUCUUCUUUAACUAUCUGAUCUGAAAAGCUCUCUCUUCUCUAUGCACUCUUAUAUCUUGCCUGAAAUUUGAGAUAGAUGUCUCUUUAGGUUCUUUUGUACAUGCUACAUUGUGCAUCAGACCAUAGAUAUUACCAUGACCUUACCUCACAUACCAUAUUCUCUCAACUUAAAUCUAUGACUUUAGUUUUUUUUUAAUCAGGAAAUUUCAUAUAAAGUUUUUCUGGAAAGUAGGCUCAUAAGAGACCUACCAGAAUCGUAAUUAAAAUGCUCCCUUGGUACCUAUUCUAUUGUAAGGGAUAUAUUUUUUAAAAUUUGUUCAUAGGCUACUGUCAAAAGUAUCCUAUCCUUGUUUACAAUAUGUAAAAAGAUGUGAAUAAAUUAUAUGGGCCCCCUAAAGUCUUAUUUUCUAGUAAAUUACUGAUACCUAAACUUCUUUUACUUCAAGUACUAAAGAAUAGGCUGGAGGCAAUUAUCUCCUUUCAGACAUGGUUAAGGAAUUGUUUUAAAUGCCUCUAAAAGUCUGGCUUUAUAAUAGUUUAAAAUCAACAAUGUUGAUUUUAGAUAACCCAGUAAGUAUUAUAAUACAAAAUAAUUUUUAAGUGUAAGAAACAAAAUAUAAUCAAAGUAAAUUCAGAUAUUGUGACUUGU